UAUAAACCCUAAACCCUAAAACAGAACAGAGCAGAGCAGAGCAAAGAAAACGUGAGAGAAUCAGAGAGAGAGAGAGAAAUGGCCAGAAGCUUGAUCGUUCGAUCCUUCGCCUUUCGCAAUGCAAUAAAGAACAGUGUUCGCCCAAUCUUCACCCGCAACCAUAACCAUCACAUUCGUUCAGUCUCGUCAACAGUAACACCAAUCUCAUCCUCUCUCUUCGCCACCGCCAUUGCUUCUUCUCAGCUCUCUCUCCUCUCACCCUUCCACAAUUCCCUUUCCUUUUGCUCCGCCUCAGCUGCUUCCGACGUUAUCCUUGUUAAUUCAGAGGAAGAGUUCAAUAAUAUCCUUAGCAAAGUUCAAGAUAACUCGUUGCACGCGAUCUUCUAUUUCACUGCAGUUUGGUGUGGACCUUGCAGGUUUAUUUCUCCUAUAGUUGGGGAGCUCAGUAAGAAGUACCCUCAUGUUACAACAUAUAAGAUUGACAUUGAUCAGGAAGCACUUCAAGGCACAUUGGGCAAGUUGCAGAUUACAUCUGUGCCAACACUCCAUUUCUUUCAGAAUGGGAAAAAGGCUGAUGAACUUGUAGGUGCUGAUAUUGCUCGAUUGAACUAUAUUACAGAGAAACUCUUCAAGAAGGACUAACUUAGAUUUUGAGGUGGGAAUGACUGAUGCCCGAUUAAGUACAAAGUGAUAAUGAAACUGCAACUGCUUAGAGAUUCUUUAGGGGUCACUCCUGUCCAAUAGUCUGGUUUCAAUGCCUUCGUUUAAUAUUGAAUUGUAUUUAUAGUUGAAAUUUGAUUGUAUUUUUAAAUUUCCAUGAGAGGGGAGAAUUCGCAUACUUGUGUAGGAAAUGAGAUAUUUGUAAUAAGCAAUGCUUAUUUAUGUGGAUAGAAUAUUAUGAAGUUUAAAAUUUUUAAAACAUA